GACAGAGACAGAGAGAAAUAGAGAGAGAGAAAGCAAACUGAAUACAUAGAUAGAUAGAUUAUGAGAGAGAUGGAGGCCUCUUUGGUUUCCACAGUCUUCUUCUUCUCCAUCCUGGUUUUCUCUUCCUUUGUAAAUUCACAAACUGAUUCUUGCAGCUCCAAUCUCAAUCUUGGUAAGAGUAAUAUUCCCUUUCUCGCAACUUCUCCAUCUUGUCAACCUGUUUGGACUUCUCAGGAUUUCAUCCUUAGAUACAAACAGAGCGGAUCAGUAUGGAACUUCAUUCUGUCAACGCCGGACACCAAUUCCUGGGUCUCCGUUGGGUUCUCGUCCAACGGGAGGAUGGUCGGAACUGAUGCCAUUGCCGGGUGGGUUCCGUCCGGCGGUGGCGCCGGUGUCAUCCUGCAGUACCAUCUUGGGGGGACGGAUUCCGGCUCCUGCAUGCCAAACACUGGAAGCCUGAAAUUUUCAAACAUGUCCAUUAUAUCCCAAUCAUCGCGUUUGUUCCUCGUCUUCCAGUUGACAACCGACCAACCUCAGUCUAGGCUGAUUUAUGCUGUCGGCCCAAGGAAUAAACUGCCGUCUUCGGACAAUCUCUUGCCCGAGCACCGGGUAGAGACCUCAACAUCUUUGAAUUUUGCCACGGGCCAGAGCAGUUCAGCGGGCACAGGAUCGACUCUGAAGACCGCUCAUGGGGUUCUAAAUAUCUUGUCAUGGGGAAUUCUGAUUGUCAUUGGAGUCAUAAUAGCUCGCUACUUCAAGCACUAUGAUCCCACUUGGUUCUACACACAUCUUACCAUUCAGUUGGCUGGUUUUGUCUUGGCAAUAGCAGGAAUAAUCACUGGGUUUAUCUUGGAAGAUCAAAUCAGUAGCGAUGUCGACACCCAUAAGGCCAUUGGGAUCCUUGUCCUUGCGCUUGGGUGCUGCCAGGUUUCAGCAUUUCUAGCUCGACCCAACAAGGCAUCGAAGGUCAGAAGAUAUUGGAACUGGUUCCAUCACUACUUUGGAAGGGGUGCAAUCUUGCUAGGAAUAGCAAAUAUUUUCUAUGGAAUUGAUAUCAGUGAUGCUGGGAAUGAAUGGAAAUUUGGAUAUGGAGUCAUUUUUGUUAUCUUGAUUAUUACUAUCAUAGUUUUAGAGGUAAGGUUUUGGAUGAGAAAAUAAUAUUUUUACUAGCAGAGUGAUUCUUUUGUUUUUUGUUUUUUUUUUUUUCUCUUUGUUCUUUGUAUUAUUACGAGAGGAGCCUCAUUGCCAUUUCCACUUAUACUAGUUCAUUGUGUCCUUUAUCAUUUUGUAUUAA